AUGCCUGUACCUGGCUAUUUCCCACGAACUCCCUCACCAUCACCGGCAAGCGGAAGUCGCUCGUAUCGCCUUUUCCGUACGCUUGUGCCCGCGCCAGAAGAAGCAAUGAUGAAUAUCGCGAGUCCAUCCGAGAGCAGCUCAAGCUCGCCGACCCCGGAGCAGCACGACUUUGUUGACUCCGUCUCUGAGUUGCACCUGUCAGCACUGCACGUCGACGAAGACAACAGAAGGUCGACCCGCCAGGCAUCCCUUGGACCCAGCGACAGCGCUUCGUAUGUGACGGCACGAGACUUCAACACAGUUUAUGCACCACCAGAAGAUCAAGAUGGCGAGAAGCAUGGUCUCAACGCUUCCGGCAUAGAGUCGAUGACUUUGCCGGGAGGUAUCACUGUCAAUGUGACAUACGGCAGGCAUGCAGCUUCACUCAAGCAUUCUCGUGUUUCCGACAGCGACAUGGACCACGUGCUUGGCGAAGAAAACGGAGAUGACAAUAGCUCUGGCGACGACAUCAGCACUUCACGACCCUCUCCGAGCCCAUACAAGCGUGCACGUCCGUCGAACAAAACCCAAGGCGGCACACGUACAGCGGCAGCAGGACGUGCAUCUGGCGCCCGCCGUCGACUGCCCGACUCCAGCAUCUCAACUCACAUGCGCGGUAUGACAGCGGCGAAUACAUUGAGAAUUGCACAAGAAGCCCAACGCCGCAGGAUCAUGCGCGAGGCAGAGGAGGCGCACCUAGGACAGCUUCGGGACAAGGCUAUGGCGAUUGAGCUGUUUGACACAAGUCUGAGGGCCGCGGUGGUGAGCUUGUAUCGCAAGGCGGCAGCGGAUUGCCCAGAGCUUGCGGGCCUCAGUAGGUUGUAUCAGGAGCUUGUGCAGGGUCUGGGAGAUGAAGGGUUAAUGAGGGAGCUAAGUGCGGUCGGGGUGUGGAAGGCUAGGUUUUAG